AUGCCUGCAACCAACAAAACCUGGCACAUCCAGCACCGCGCCCUCGCGCAACUAGACAAAACAAAGCGAUACAUCUGCCCAGCAGAAACAAGCCCCCACCUAGCAACCCUCCUAAGCUUCCCCUCACGAUGCUCCACCCUACCAGAACUGCACGCCAGGACAAGCAACGAGAUAAUCUCCCUCGCAGCAGCAAUCGCAGCCUUCGAGCCCGUCCGCCUCCACACCCGAUCAGAAGACAUCCCACAAGCCCAAGCCCUCCUUGACAAACGAACCACCCUCCUACCGCAGCACCGCGCCAACAUAACCAUCAUCGCAGCCCCAACAAACCACUGCUGGAUUCGCGACACAGGCCCCGUUUACGUCCGGAGCGCCGACGCAGAAGAUAAAACCCGCUACGCAAUUGACUUCCGCUUCUGCGAAUGGGGCCACAAAACAACAGAGCGUAUCUACGGCGCCAGUGUCUCGUCUACAGCGGCAAAGGCGCUGGAGGAUUCCCCGCAGUACGCGGAGUGGCCGGUCAUGGACGACGAAGCCAUGCGCGAGAACACGGCUUUCGCGAGUGCUGUUCUGGAUCUCGAGAAUGCGAAUACGGAUGCUGUGAUGGAUGUUGUUAAGCGCGUGCAGACGGAUCUCAGACUUGAAGGUGGGGGCAUUGAAGUCGAUGGCGAAGGGACGUUUAUGGCGACGGAGAGUAGUAUUAUCGGGGAUUCGCGGAAUCCUGGACUCGGGAAGGCGGAAAUCGAGGCUGAGCUCGGCCGGUUGCUAGGUGUUAGCACCUUUAUCUGGUUUCCUGGUCGGGUUGGGCUUGAUGUUACGGAUGUGCACGUUGAUGCCGAGGCUAGGUUUGUGAGACCCGGGGUUGUUGUUGUUUGUCGUCCGCAUGAGAAGGCGGAGAGGGUGCAUUGGGAGGUCUAUUCAGAGAUUCGGGAGGUCUUGGAGAAAUCUACUGAUGCGCGUGAGCGUCGCUUCGAGGUUCAUGAUGUUGUUGAGCCGGAUCCGAGCUGCGUUAAGGGAGAUCUUGCUGGGGAGGAGGAGGCGCCGGCGGCUUCGUACGUUAACUUUUAUUUCGUUAACGGGGCGCUGAUUAUGCCGGCAUUUGGGGAUGCUGAGGCUGAUACGAAAGCUUUUGAGUUGUUCAAGAGUCUGGUUCCUGAGAGGGAGGUUCGUCAGGUUGAGGUUAAUGCCUUGCCCAGGACUGGGGGUGUGCUGCAUUGUGUUACGCAGCAGGUGGUGUGA